AUGAUAAACGGUAGAAGCUGUUCAUACAUGAACUUCUGGUCAGUUACGCUAUCUACUGCAUGUCCUACUUCCAAGUAGGGAAUGGAACGCUUGGUUGUGAGAAAUGUCUCCAGGCUGAAACGAGUGCUCGCAACCAUUUAAAGAUCAAUACAUCUGCCCAACCAAGCUAUUCAUGCGUAUGUUUAACCUGCCAAGCAACAAGGUUCAAAGUUUGAUCGAGAACCUCGAAGAUUAAGCUUUGACGUACGUGUAUGCCUCUCAGCUUGGAAGGAUCAUCGGAUAAAUUUAUAGCCGUCGAUAUUUCAUGACCAGAUGAGGACCGUUAGGUUUCAUGAUAGAAUCUUUGUCGACUAUGACGAGUAGUAGCAUUCGCGACAAAACCUUAUUACAUUCUGGUUUGGAGGUCCACGAAACAAUGUCUAGUCGUGUCUAUAGUAGCUCAUCCCGCAAAUUCAGAAUUUGAUUGGAGAUUAGAAGGUCGUUUGGAAAAAAGGCAGACAUAAUUGGAAUUGCCCGGCGUCGAAUCGCAGAUGCUGCUAGAAAGAAAAAUGGGGUGUCGGUGGCAAAAUAAACGAGUUUUUUCUAAGAGCUCCUCAUUCACGAUUGCGAGAUUGGAGAACAUCUCAUGAACAGUCUCUCAGAUUGUGACUUCAUUUUCACCUCUUCGCAGCCGGGAAAAACUUAUUUGGAGAUUUUCUACCUCCAGCACUCGAUCAUUGACAGAUCUACAAAAUGUCGAUCGUUGACCCAGACGCAGUGAUUUUGCCUCGAGUGAAUCCAUGGGUGGUGAUGAACAGAUUGUCAAUAGCAGAAUGGCUGAGAGCGCAUGGCAAAUUUGUUCGGCCAGAAUUGACAAAAAAGCAGCGACUCGAACUGAAAGAAUGUUUCGAGCUUAUUGAUGCUGAUGGAUCUGGAGCUAUUGAUGCCUCUGAGAUGUUGACUGCUUUCACAGUUCUUGGCCUCCGGACCAAGAGAUCAGAGAUAGAAGAAAUGCUUGCUGAGGUUGACGCAGACGGUUCAGGCGAGGUUGAAUACGCUGAGUUUGUUCAGAUUAUGACAACAAAAAUGGACUCACAGUCCCAGGAGCAAGAAGCAAAGAAUGCUCAACCGGGUAAAGCGCAGCCACUUCCCUUCCCACUUCUAGCUCAAGCAUAUCGCAGGAAGAAGUUAAUGGAAGCAGUUAUGGGAGGUGAUAAGGGUACACAAGAAAGACUGCAAGCAAGAGCUGAGGAGAUGGAGGCUGAACGAAUUGCUGCGAUUGCUGAGGCCGAAGCGCAGAAGAGACAGGUGAAGAAGAGACCGAAAACACUAUCUCAAGUGACGAGGGAGAGAAUUAGGAGAACUGCCAGGUUGAAGAAGCAGGAGGCAGACAUGCCUCUUGAGGGAUAUGUAAUGGAGAGAAUCGACCAAGACGUGAAAAAUGUUCUUUUUGGAGUUCACGAAAGGGCAUCUGUGCGUCGAAGCUCAAUGACUGCGGAAGAGAAGGCUGCGCUAGAGGAGAAAAUAUCGCAAGGCAAAGAGGCUGGAGAUCGAGAUAAGCGUGUAUCCCUCACAAAAUCCACGACACCAGUGGAGAAGACUGGAACAGCACCUGAGACUGUCCCUGACUCCACAGAGCAGCAGAGAGCAUUCAGCAUCUCGAAGCUAGAAGGGGGCCAGAUUGCUUCACUCGACAGUCAGCUUCAAAGAUACUACAAGGAAGAGCUCAAGGGAAUCAGCGCAAUUCGUUCCAAGCUUCGUGACAAACCGACACUGGAACAACAAAAAAUACGAUUACGCGCUCUUCACUCCCUAGGUAACUACCAACAUGACCAGACUUGGGAGGCGCAAAGAGGAAGCCCCGUCGAAACUGUGGAGAAAAUGAGAGCUUGGGAUUCAAUUCUGACACCUUGGAGAGUCUCUUCACCUCCGAUUAUACCCAGGCGAGAGAGAAGCGAAUCACAUGCGCGGAUUCAGUUCGUUGCUCCCCCUAAACCGCCCAAAACGAGACUGACCGUAAAGAGGCCUGACUGGAUCAACAACAUCCAUCUUGGACGACCCUAAUGUACUGCAUCCACAUUGGUAUUCUGCUGGGUUUCCAUUGCUUGGCCAACUGCAUGCUAAUGCCGAUGUCUAGUCAUUCCUAAGAGUCACUAGAAGUAUUCUGAGCUGAAAAUCUCCGGUUCCAUUCUUCAAAAAAAUUCAGUAAGCUGCAACUUCGAUACCAGAUAGGAGUGCUGAGAAAUAUCAUGUUCCCAUCACGAAGUCCUGAUGUUCUCUUCGUGAUAGAGGAGGAUAAAAACUGAGCAAUCACGCUAACCACUUUGAUAAUUACGUCAAGUGAACAGAAACUUUGAUUUGAUAAAUAUGGAUUGAUCUCCACAGGGUGGAAGUUUAACAACAAACACUGGUCUCCCGGUGGAUGAUAAAGGCUUGAUUUUUUAAAUAUUAUUCGAACAGGUGUUCUAAAGAAAUGACAACAUUUCGGUCAUCCACUCUGGAUGCAGGAAAAUUGUUGAAAUGCUGAUUCUACCUACGUCUUGGUCUCAUUUUCAUCUGUAAUGUACAGAUUGAAAAUCUCCGCGCCCCUCCACCCCCUCCUCAUCAUAACUGCGUCCGCGAUUCUGACUAAACUUGUUACAUAUCUAAUUGACUAAGUCUAAGUGACUACAAUGACUUUGAAUCUUCUUGGGUGAUAUGGACCGUGAAACUAACUAUUCAGAUUGGUUAACACUUCGCCUGUACGGCACAAAUCUGUGAUCCUUGGCAGCAUUCUUCUUGCGACGCUUGGCCAUGAAUUUCUCCAGCUUCCCACUUG